UGUGUAAUUCCUUUGAAGGGGAGCUUCUCUCCGCAGUCCCUCCUGAGCACCAUCCUGUCUGCUACUUUUAUCAUAUAAAACAUAAUCUAGAAGGUCGUUGGCCCCCCUUUCGCCGCGCUCUUAAUUCAAUUUCACUGUCUGUGAUAUAUAAGUUUCAACGUUCACGCGUUCUGAUCUUGGCGUUGGCAUAUGGGGACGACUUUAGCAGCACGUCUUUUCCCCGCCUUCUGGCCUCUAUAUACCUUCUCCGACGAUACGACCAACCGAGAGACUCGAACAGCCUUCACCGCCAAGGCAGUCUCAUUCUGCAAGUUGCACCUCUUCCGAAGGUGAUCGCGUUGAUUAUGUAAAGUUAUGCAUUCCUUGUUCUGCUGGUUAUUGGCCUCUGUUUUUGCUUGGUCCUAGAUAGACACCAUGAAGUUGUCAAUACCAAUCGUGUUUAGCAGUCUCACUCAUCAGUUAGUAAGCUUACGCAGCACCCUUGAUUCCAAUGGCGUGUUUUUGCCAUUUUCACCCGUCUUUCAGCAUUCGAUUUCUUUGGGUUUUCAACUCUUAUUCUUGAUUGUGCUGAUACCCGUCUGGAUGUCAAGAAGAUCGCAGAGGGUCACUUCGUCUAGACCUUCAGGUCUGUUUUAUAGUUUGACCCUGGGUUGUAGCCUGGGGUUGUGUUUCCUGUUUGGAGGAUUAAGCGUUUUCCACUAUCUGAAGUACAGUGAUAGGAAUUCCAUUGAAAUCAUUACUACCCAAGUUGAUUUUUUGGUGCAAAUUGUAGCUUGGUGUGCGAUUUCUGGGUUUUUGAGGUUUGGAGUAUCAAGCAAAAGGUUUCCAAUUUUGCUGAGAAUAUGGUGGUUGGUUUUCUUCAUUGUUUCUGUUUAUGGCUUCGCUAUUGAUUUUGUCCUCCCGAAAAGGUCUUAUGUGGUUGGGAAAUAUGCUUGGGUCUAUCUUUUGUCUAGUCUUGUUGGGUUGUUCCUUUCUUGUGCUUCUGUGUAUGGUGAUACCGGCGUAGAUGAUAAAGAUGAGGAGGCCUAUUUCAGAGAACCUCUAUUAAAUGGUUCUGCCGAAAACAAGGUCGCUGUUGAUACUGUCACACCAUAUGCCAAUGCAGGAUUUCUUAGUUUGCUUUCAUUUUCUUGGUUGGAUCCUUUGUUCUCAGUAGGAUACAGGAAAGCGUUGGACAUAAAAGAUAUCCCAGAAGUUAGCGAUAAAGAUAGUGCCAAAUUUGUUUACACAAAUUUUAAAAGUAGGCUGGAUGAGGAAUCUGAUGAACCUAUAGGAAAAUUGAGAUUGUUCAAAGCGUUGUUCUGCACUGUCUGGAAGGAAGUAUUAUGGACAGCGUUCCUCUGCCUACUGCAUACUCUUUCUACGUUUGUUGGUCCUUACCUUAUCGACUCACUGGUCCAGUAUGUCAAUGGCCGCCAGAGGUUUGCCCACGAAGGCUACCUCCUGGUUAUUGUCUUUCUUGCCGCAAAGGUGGUGCAAAGUGUCUCACAGCGACACUGGCUUUUCAUAACACGGCAGAUUGGUAUCAGAAACAGAGCAGCACUGAGUGCCAUGAUUUAUGAAAAGGGUCUUUCUCUCUCUAGCAAAUCUCGGAAGGAGCGUACUAGCGGGGAGAUCAUAAAUCUGGUGAGUGUGGACGCCAGUAGGAUUGGCGAAUUUAGUUGGUACUUGCAUGACCUGUGGGUGGUGCCUCUUGAAAUUACUAUCGCCUUAGCAAUCCUGUACAAGAAUCUGGGAUUAGCUUCAAUUGCUGCCUUGAUAGCUGCUUUCCUGGUUAUGUUGGCAAAUUUUCCUUUGGUUAAAUGGCAAGAGAACUUCCAAGAAAAGCUUAUGGAGUCAAAGGAUGAGAGGAUGAAGGCAACUUCCGAGAUCUUGAGGAACAUGAGGAUUCUGAAACUCCAGGCUUGGGAAAUGAGGUUCUUGUCAAAGAUUAUGGACUUACGGAGAACUGAAGAAAGUUGGUUGAAAAAACUCAUUUACACAUCAGCAUUUAUGAAUUUUGUUAUUUGGGGUGCACCUAUUUUCAUAUCCGCUGCUGCGUUUGGGUCGUGCAUGAUUCUGGGGAUCCCACUUAGGUCUGGCAAGGUUCUAUCGGCACUUGCUACAUUUGAGAUACUACAGCAGCCAAUUUACACUCUGCCAGACACUAUUUCAAUGAUCACGCAAGUUAAAGUUUCCCUUGAUAGGAUUUCGUCUUUUCUUCAACUUGAAGAUAUGCAACCAGAUGCAAUUGAGAAAUUGCCUAAAGACAAUUUUAUCCCAGCUGUUGAGAUAUGUGAUGGUACCUUCUCUUGGGAUCCACUAUCAAGCCAUUCUACCCUGCAAAAUCUCAAUUUGAAAGUUAACCAUGGGAUGAAGAUUGCUGUCUGUGGACCUGUUGGUUCAGGAAAAACUAGCCUGCUUUCUUGCAUGCUAGGUGAGGUUCCAAGGAUAUCUGGAACUGUCCGUUUGAGUGGAAGAACUGCCUAUGUUGCUCAGUCUUCUUGGGUACAGGGUGGUAAGAUUGAAGAGAAUAUUCUUUUCGGCAAAGAGAUGGACAGAGAAAGGUAUGAACAUGUCCUUGAUGUUUGUGAUUUAAGGAAGGACCUGGAAAUACUGCCCUUUGGAGAUCAAACCAUUAUAGGGGAAAGAGGAAUUAACCUGAGUGGUGGGCAGAAACAGAGAGUGCAAAUUGCACGGGCUCUAUACCAGGAUGCUGACAUUUAUUUACUUGAUGAUCCUUUUAGUGCUGUUGAUGCUCACACCGGUAGUCACCUCUUUAAGGAAUGUUUGCAUGGUUUCUUAGGUUCAAAGACUGUGAUAUAUGUAACCCAUCAAGUGGAAUUUUUACCCAGUGCUGAUCUUGUUCUGGUUAUGCGAGAUGGGAGGAUUGCACAAUCUGGUCAUUAUGCUAGCAUUCUUAGCUCUGGAUCCGACUUCAUGGAACUGGUUGGUGCACAUGAGCAUACUCUGUCAGCCAUAAAAGCUGCUGGUGCUGCUCUUGAUUCACAACCAUCUGAUGUCAAUGAUUUAAACAUAUGUUCUAAGGUGGAAACCAAUGAAGAGGAUGAAUUUGGAUAUGAUGAGGUUAAUGAUGAUAAAGAUAAGAUAGAAGAGCUGGUAGAGGAAAAGUACCAGCUUGUUCAAGAAGAAGAGAGAGAGAAAGGGAGAGUUGGGCUCUCAGUAUACUGGGAAUAUAUUACAGCAACAUAUGGUGGGGCAUUAGUCCCAUUGAUUCUACUUAGUCAAAUUGCCUUUAACUUUUUUGAAAUAGGAAGCAACUAUUGGAUGGCAUCGGCCACACCAGUUUCUGAUGAGAAGCCAUCUCCUGUGGGUGGAAUUACUUUGAUUUUAGUCUAUGUUGUGUUGUCCAUGGCUAGUGCUAUAUGUGACCUGAUCAUGGCCUUGUUAAUAGGAACUGUUGGCUUUAAAACUGCAACAGUACUCUUCAAUAAGCUGCACAUGUGCAUGUUUCGUUCACCAAUGUCGUUCUUUGAUUCUACUCCAACUGGUCGUAUUCUGAACAGGGUAUCAACUGAUCAGAGUGAAGUAGACCUAUCCAUUUCAGGGUUGCUGGGAUCUUGUGCUUUCUAUGUUAUAGAGCUUCUUGCGAGCAUUGCAGUGAUUUCACAGAUUUCAUGGCAUGUUUUUGUUGUUUUUGUACCAGUUGUUGCUGCUUGCGUGUGGUUGCAGCAAUAUUACUUGCCCACUUCUCGUGAACUAGCCCGAUUGAGUGGAGUGUUUGAGGCCCCUAUGCUGCAGCAUUUUUCGGAGACUAUCUCUGGAUCAUCUAUAAUUAGGAGUUUCAAUGAAGAGUCAAGAUUCAUGAGGACAAACCUCCUGGUGAUAGAUAACUUUUCUAAGCCAAAUUUUCAUUCUGCUGCUGCAAUGGAGUGGCUUUGCUUGCGCUUGGAUCUUCUGUCGUCUCUCAUUUUUGCCUUUUCUUUGGUUUUCUUGAUCUCAUUGCCCAAGGGUGUAAUUGAUCCAGGUAUUGCGGGAUUGGCCGUGACUUAUGGGUUAAACCUGAACAUGUUGCAAAUAUAUUUCAUAUGGUGCUUAUGCAAUGUCGAGAAUAAUAUGAUCUCUGUGGAGCGAAUUCUACAGUACACUUGUAUUCCUCCUGAACCUCCUCUUACAAUAGAAACUAGCAGGCCAAGCAAGGAUUGGCCAUCUUAUGGAGAAAUUGAUAUCAGCAAUCUGCAGGUCCGCUAUGCUCCUCAUCUGCCACUAGUUUUAAAAGGUCUCACAUGCACUUUUCGUGGAGGGUCAAAGACGGGCAUAGUGGGAAGAACAGGCAGUGGGAAAUCCACGCUUGUGCAAACACUCUUUCGCAUUAUUGACCCAUCAUGUGGUCAGAUUGUGAUAGAUGGUAUUGACAUCUCUACAGUUGGGCUGCAUGACCUGAGAUCUAGAUUAAGCAUCAUUCCUCAAGAACCAACAAUGUUUGAGGGAACGAUAAGGACCAAUCUUGAUCCUCUUGAAGAACAUACUGAUGAAGAAAUUUGGGAGGCUUUAGACAAAUGCCAACUUGGUGAAGUGGUGAGGCAGAAAGAGCACAAGCUUGAUGCAACAGUGACUGAGAAUGGAGAGAAUUGGAGUGUGGGGCAGAGGCAGCUCGUUUGUUUGGGGAGAGUGUUAUUGAAGAGGAGUAAAAUUUUGGUGCUUGAUGAAGCAACCGCUUCUGUUGAUACUGUAACUGAUGGCCUAAUUCAGCAGACAUUGAGGCAACAUUUUUCUGAUUGCAGCAUUCUGAUGAUAGCACACCGGAUAGCAUCUGUUCUCGACAGUGAUAUGGUCCUUGUCUUGGACAAUGGUAUUGUUGCUGAAUAUGAAUCUCCAGGAAAACUUUUGCAGGAUGGCUCCUCAGCAUUUUCAAUGCUUGUAAAUGAGUACGCGAUGAGAUCCAGCCACUAGUUUUCAGAAUUUGGUGGUUAAUGAUGCUAAGUAGGUAUUCCAGACGUGACAAUUUUUUGUCAAGUUAAUGCAAUUCACGGCAAGGAAGAACCUUCUUACUAUAAGUUGCAUGCGGGGAACAGUUGCUCUAAGAUAAAUGAGCUACAAGCAAUACGAUGGCAUCACUUACAUUCUUCAGUGGAUAGGAUCUUUUUUUGUUGUAUCUAUAUAUAGGUUCAACUUCGAGAUUUUGAUUGUUGUUUAAACUCUAGCAUCUGCAUCUGUAUGUGAUUUCUUGAUUGAGUCUUCCUCAAUAAGAUGGCGAUACUUCAUCUUUUCA